AUCUUUCAAUCAUUGCAGUAACAGUGGUCGGUGAAGCGAAAACCACGUGAUUUUUCUUUAUAAACUAGUAGGCGAAGCGAAGCCGCACAUUAUCUCUUGACAAACCAGUCUCUCUACACUGCAAUCUUCCGAUUCAGCCAUGGAAUUUCCGUACUUAGAAGCUGUACUCGUUGUCAUGAUUCUGAUCUACAUCUUUGAGACAUAUUUGGCUUUGCGAGAACAUGCUACUCUGAAACUGCCCACACUCCCUAAAGCUUUGGAAGGAGUAGUCAGCCAAGAGAAAUUUGAAAAAUCUAGAGCUUAUAGCCUUGAUAAAAGUCGCUUUGGUUUUGUUCACGGAUUUGUGACUACACUGACGGACUCAGCCAUUUUAUAUUUUAGGAUAUUGCCUUGGUUCUGGAAGAAAUCAGGAAACUUUCUUCUUUUGCUUGGUCUAAACACAGAGAAUGAAAUACUACACACCCUUGCUUUUUUGGCUGGUGUCAUGAUGUGGUCACAGGUUACGGAGUUGCCUUUUUCUCUCUAUUCAACUUUUGUGAUUGAGGCCCGUCAUGGUUUCAAUAAACAAACUAUAGGGUUAUUCUUUUGGGACGUGUUCAAGGGAAUAUGCCUUGCUUUUGUACUCGGGCCACCUACUGCUUCAGCAGUCAUUUUAAUUGUACAGAAAGGAGGUCCUUACUUGCCCGUCUAUAUAUGGGCAUUUAUGUUUGUUCUCUCUCUUGCAAUGAUGACACUAUAUCCAAUUUUGAUAGCGCCUCUUUUUAAUAAGUUCACUCCUGUUCCAGAAGGAGAACUUAGGCAGAAAAUUGAGGCACUUGCUACCUCCCUUAAGUUUCCUUUAAAGAAUUUGUCUAUUGUGGAUGGAUCUACCAGGACAUGCCAUAGCAAUGCAUAUUUGUAUGGCUUCUAUAACCACAAGCGAAUUGUCAUUUAUGACACAUUGCUUCAGCAGUGUAAAGAUGAUGAAGUUCUAGCUAUACUUGCCCAUGAAAUGGGGCACUGGAAACUUAAUCAUACAAUGUACUUCUUUAUUGCUGUGCAGAUCCUUUCAUUUUUACAAUUUGGAGGAUAUACUCUUGUGAGAAACUCGAGUGAUUUGUUUCGAAGUUUUGGGUUUGAUACACAACCGGUACUCGUUGGACUAAUCAUAUAUCAGUAUAUUAUGAUACCCGUCCAACACCUACUAUUCCUUGGUCUUAAUAGGGUGAGCCGUUCUUUCGAAUAUCAGGCUGAUGCAUUUUCCAAGAAGCUUGGUUAUUGUUCUCCUCUUAGAUCUGGUCUUGUGAAACUGCAGGUAGAAAAUUUGGAAGCUAUGAAUACUGAUCCUUGGUUCUCAGCAUACCACCAUUCUCAUCCUUGUCUUGUGGAAAGAUUGGCUGAACUUAAUGAACCAGAUAAAAAGGAAGACUGAUAUUGCAACCUGUGUGAAUGGGCAACUAAGAAUUCCAUUUUUUUCGUUGCAAUUGAGAAUGAGUGGUAAUAGUAAGUAAGAAUCAGCUGUUGUUAUGUAACUUUUGUCUUCCUGGAUGUCAACGUUUCUGUAGUUCAGGUAUCACUUCUGUCGAAACCCUGUUCAAAUAGUUGUGUAUCUUAUGUUCGCAUGGAUUUGUAUCUGUUGGUCUGCAGAUGAGUAACCGUAACUUAUGUUGAAUAAUGUAUUGUUGCCAGUUUCCAAUCAGUUGUUUUUUUUGUUUUUUUUGUUUCCUAA